UUGUCAACCAUUUAGAAAACCCCAUGUGAGGAAUAAUGAGAUCAUUCUCAAGCUGUCAAGCCUCAGACAUGGAUCGGUUGUUUUGGUUUUCUCUCCUGCUCACCUACCUUCCAGUAACAGAGAGCAUGAAAAAAGAUGAGAGCUGCUUAUUACAGCCAAAAAAGGUGAUCUGGCAGAAAACAGGACAAACUGCUGUUGUCAAUUGUACCAUCAGUUCAAAUUGUUCUGCCAAAGACCUGCAUUAUGAGUGGUUUAUUUUCAAAGAAAACUUCCACCUUCGUCUCAACCUGAGUAGCAAGUACAGCCUGGACGGAGCAUCUUUAAACAUCAAGUCACUUAAUGCUAACGACAGCGGGAUCUACUACUGUGCUGCAGUAUCGAGUGGACCCCCAGCAGCCGGUGCCCAGCAUGUAGGGUUGGGUACAACUCUUGUAGUGAAGGAACAAAUUAAAACAAUGGCAAGGCACAUUCUUUUGUGGGUAUCAUUUGUCCUCUUGGCCAUCUACAGCUUGGCAGUAGUGACACUUAUUCUAAAGAAGUAUGGCUGCAAUAUGAACAUCUGCAGAAGGAAGUGCAAAACUGAAAAGAAUAACUCAACUAAAAAAGCACAAUUCCGUGAUGUGCUACAAGAAAUGUACGGCAGACGGAACUUGAACAAAGGCAAAAAAACUGUGGGCAGAAACCGUUCUCAAGCUGAGUUGCAGGUUGCAGGCACAGAGUUCAAGAGCUCAACUGAUGACGUCUAUCAAAAUGUAAAAAUUCCACAGCCAUGAAAUACCUGAUGUGGACGCUGUUAUGGGACAGAGGAGAUGAGCAAAUCAUCAAAGACUGCACAUUAGUCAUUUGCUUGCUCACCUGAGUUCUUCAACAGUGAUAGACCGACAGCUGUCUGUUUAGGUGUUUGCAGAUUUAUCUACAAUAUGUUGAUUGUAAUUCAAUUUCUUGCAAAACAUCACCAGUGUUGACCCAGAAAAAGAAAGAAGAGAAAAACAAAUCCCAUAGAGAAAUGUAGCCGAGUCACAUCAUUUUAAUCCACAAAUUUAAUUUCUUCCAUAUAUUUUGGACAUCAGAAAGCCGCAUGAUAGAAAAAUAACUUGUGAAUUGUACUUUCAGGAAUAGAGUAGAAAGAAGCACAAAUUAUUUACAUUUUAAGGAAACGCAAAUGAGCAAAUAAGGCUGUUAGAAGACAUUGUCAAUUCCCUUGACACGAUUCAAGAUAAUAUUUCAAUAGUAAUUCAAGAUGAUCUAAUUAGCGAUUAACUUUUCUCAACAAAUAAGGAAAGCACAAACUUGUAUCAAUAUUCCGGCCAUAGUUGUGUACAAACUAAUCAAAAUUUAAUCAAAAACCUUGGAAUAUAACAGAAAAUAUUACAUUCAAAUAUAAUUUCAUUAUAGAUCAUUAUAAAUAAUGUAAUGACAUAAAAGUCACAUUACAGAUGCCUUUACAUAUAAUGCAGUAAACCUAAGGGUAAAGCCAAAGUUUGCAUUUUUAGUGCUGGAGUAGAGUUUGCUCUAAAAAAAAAAAAAAAAAUCCUCAACUUACAGUAAGGCAAUAUCUCAACAACCAGAUGUUUGUGAGGCAUGUUGCUGUCUCUUAUUCAGUACAAUGACUUCUACAUAUUGUACUAGAUAUUCAGAACAUUAAUAUAGCAGCAAAACAGCUGUUUGCUAAGUAAAGAUAUAGUGGCGUAAUGGCGUCCUGAACAGAGAAGGAAGUCACUCUCCCUCUGUGUUUCUGUUUUUUUGUAGCCUGAGAGCUGUGUGGAGGCAAUCCCAAACUAAUUUGCUUUCUGAAUAUCAAGUGCAGUCCCUUUAAGCUUAAAUGGCAUGAGCCAUGCUUUGACUGAAAACAUUGAAGCUGUUGAAAUGUUACUCAAAUACUGGUUAUAAUUCACCGUGAAAGGCCCGACAGAUGUAGAUGCUGUAAAAGCAUCACCUUGAUUUAAUGUAUUCUGAACCAUGGCUGGAAUGUAAGCUGCAAUUGAUAAUUUUGCCCAUGUGUACAAUAAAGAUGAUGGCAUUUACUG